AAUGGCGCAUUCCCCAUGUUCUUGGGAACAUUCUCCGCGUUCAUUUUGCUCGUUCUGGUGUCUGUCUCUGCGCCGUUGGUGCACUCCUUCUACUAUCUAAGGACUUCCGCCGACGACGGCGUGAGGUUUGGUGUCUGGGGUUACUGCGGGAACUCUGGGAAUUGCACGGCCCCGCAAUUGGGCUACACAUAUGGAUCAGAAAUAUCAGAGUCAACUUCAAAAGCACUCAUCUUGUAUCCCGUAGCUGCCGCCAUUAGCCUCUUCUCGAUGAUGACUGUCGCCCCGCUCAUGUGCAAUCCACGCAGGGACCGAUAUCCUCAUCCUCUCUUUUGUGUCCUCUCCUUUGCUGCAUCUGCACUCUCUAUCGCCGCGUUCGUCAUUUCUGUGUACCUUGCCUCCACCGCGACGACCUUCUUUGCCAGUCAGGGGCAUUCCUCCAGCUUCGGGCCUACAAUAUGGAUGUCCUUGGUUGCUGCGGUUCUGCUGCUGUUUGUGGCCUUCCAUGCAGGAUGCGGUACUUGCUUC